AUGGGCAAGAAGAAGGCGGCGGCUGCGGCGGGGCUGGGCCGGGCGCUCAUCCGGGACCGCAGCCAGCCCCGAGGAGGAGGAGGAGGCCGCCGCGCCGGAUGGGUAAGGUCUUCAGCUGAAGAAAUCUGCACAGCCGGCCGGGGGUUCUCGGGGAGGGGGCGUUUUGGCUUGUGUGGAGAAGCCAGCCUUCCAGCCCUGAAGCAGAACAAUUCUGAUGGCUUUGCUGAGUGCCUGUACCCUUUGGACUUUCUUUUCCAACAGCUCCAUACAAGUGAAUUAAAUGAUGGCUACGAUUGGAGCCGUCUCAACGUUCAGUCUAUCACUGAGCAGAGCUCCUUGGAGGAUUUCCUGGCCACGGCUGAGCUGGCUGGCACUGAAUUUGUGGCUGAAAAACUGAAUAUCAGGCUUGUUCCUGCUGAGGCUCGGACCGGCCUUUUGACAGCCAAAGAGACUGAAGAGGUCCAUGAGCUUCAUGAGCAGAACAAACAGUUCCUGCGUAUCCCACGGCGGCCAUAUUGGGACAAGCAAACCAGCCCUGAGCUGCUGGACCAGGCGGAAAGAGAGAGCUUUCUGGAGUGGAGGCGGCAGCUGGCCUGUUUAGAGGAAGAACAGAAGCUCAUUUUGACUCCGUUUGAACGAAAUCUGGAAUUCUGGCGGCAGCUUUGGCGAGUCCUUGAGCGAAGCGAUGUGGUGGUGCAGAUUGUGGAUGCCAGGAACCCCCUGCUUUUCCGGUGCCCUGACUUGGAGUGCUACGUGAAAGAGCUGGGCCCCGAGAAGGAGACCCUCCUCCUGCUCAACAAGGCCGACUUCCUGAGCGAGGGGCAGCGGGCUGCCUGGGCGCGCUACUUUGAGGGCCAAGGGGUGAAGGUGGUCUUCUGGUCAGCCUUGGCGGAGGGGAGGCGGCUAGAGCUGGCCUCUAAGGCGGCAGAAUUUCUUGGCCGGAAUGCUGAGCAUGCCAGCCAGAAGGAGCAGCAGCCCUCACCAGAGAGACCCAGCUCUCCCUCCUUGUGGUCACCUGGAAGAGGAGAGCAGGAGAGCAGCACAGACGAGGACAGUGAAGAGUACCAGGACUGUGAGGAGGAGGCUUGGCUGACCUGUUCGGAGGAGGAGGAGGAGGAGGUGGCAGCAGAGAGCCAGACCCCAGUUGGGUCCUACCAGGAAAAGCGGACUAGCUGUGCUGAGGCCCUCGGGCCAGGAAUCCAGCCCAGCCGGUCCCUCCAAAACAGCAGCCGUCUCGUGCAGAGAGAUGAACUGCUGGAAAUAUUCCGAACGGUCCACACUGGGAAGAAGGUCAAAGAGGGCGAGGUCACCGUGGGGCUGGUGGGCUAUCCCAACGUGGGCAAGAGUUCGACCAUCAACACCAUCCUGGGCAGGAAGAAGGUGUCUGUGUCAGCCACGCCGGGUCACACGAAGCAUUUCCAGACGCUGUACGUGGAGGCCGGGCUCUGCCUCUGUGACUGCCCGGGCCUCGUCCUCCCCUCCUUCGUGGCCACCAAGGCCGAGAUGGUUUGCAGCGGCAUCCUGCCCGUCGACCAGAUGCGGGACCACCUGCCCCCCGUCUCUCUCGUCUGCCAGCGGAUCCCACGCCACGUCUUAGAGGCGACCUACAGCAUCAACAUUGUGCGGCCCCGGGAGGAUGAGGAGGCCCAUCGGCCGCCGACAUCAGAGGAGCUCCUGACGGCCUACGGAUGCAUGAGAGGGUUCAUGACGGAUCAUGGACAGCCGGACCAGCCCCGCUCCGCCCGCUACGUGCUGAAGGAUUACGUGGCCGGGAAGCUGCUCUAUUGCCACCCCCCUCCCGGAGCCGUCCCUGAGUCCUUCCAGCUGCAUCCCAGAAGGGGCGCUGCAGGCAAAGGGGGACAUCCUUCUGCAGAGACGCCGGCCGGCUGGAACCCGAAGGCCAAGCAGAUUGACAACCCGGUGGACAGGGCCUUCUUCGGCCAGGAGACCGUCCGAGCGCUGGUGCGGGGGGGGCAUUCUCCGGCGGCCCCCCCUGCUGAGGCCAGCCACGGCAAGCCCUGGAAGAAGCACGGCAACAGGAACAAGAAGGAGAAGAUCCGCCGCCUGACGAAGCACCUGGAGGCAUAGUGGACUCUGGAGCCACAACCCCCCCCCCUUGCUCUGCCCCCGCAGGAGGAGGGGCUUGGAGGCGGUCCUUUGCGUCGCUCUGGCCUCAGCCCCCCCCCUCCCUCUGGCUGCCGCUUGGAGGAGGAGGAAGGCCCCCCCCCCCUUCUUUCGGAAUAAAGUUUUCUGGCCUUUCUCA